GAGAUGGAGAUGCUCAAUCGACAUUUUCAAAAAUUCAGAACAAUUCUGUAGUAGGCAUGCAUAAGCAAGUCUAAAGAUUGGAGUUGGAGGGGACAGGUUUAGAGAGAAGGAGGGAAGCUACUUGUUUCUCCAGUAGCUCUUCGACUAGAAAAAUGUCUAUGUCUGCACUGGAUAUCAUGGAUUCGCACGAUCCGUCUUCCACACUUGCGGAAGGGGAUGACGACGAGCAGCUUCGUGAUGUCGAUGAGGAGCAAACGACGUCAGCAGGUGUUGCACGUCUCGCUGCGCAGGUUGCAAACAGUGCAGAGAGACUUUUUUGCUACUUUCCAGAAACAGCGGCAUCAACAGAGCCACAAGGCGAACGCCAACAUGUUGAUGGUCGUCUUUGCCAAGCAGAGCAAGGACAAGGAGUAGGUGUAGAGGUUAGAGAAAAUAUGCUACAAGUUCAGCCAUUGCCACGUGUUGUUGAUGGGCAUGGAUAUGGAGCGAUGGAGAAUGCUCGUGAAGUGGAAGCCUUUCGAGGCUCGUCGAUUUUCGUGCCUCGUGGCGCUGAGUGGAGAAGGUAUGUCGAGGCAGACAGCUGGCAAUGGCAAGCGCGGGCUCCGGAGCUACAUCGCGCGCCAGGGAGUUAAGAUGAAUUUUGUUUUUUUACGCGAGUCUUGCAUGUACAUGCACUAUUCAUCGCCAAUCAGCUCCUACAGAACUAGAUUAGUUGUGACAAUACACGUAGAUCACCUAGAUGAGGUCGUGAAAUACGUGAUGUUUGCUUUCUCCUUCUCGGUGGCUUGUUGAGCGUAGUAAAGUAUGAUCUGCGUGGUUACGCAGCUUGCGAUCAUGGCAGCUGUUUCUAAGGCACUACGUUGACGCAGAGGAAAUUCGAGAAUGCGAUUGCAGGAUUGGUCGUUGACAAGGAGGAGGCACUUGCACGGGCUGAAGUUGAGUUCCGAAAGCAAAAGUCUCUCGAGGUCCGGCGGGAAGCUGCGCGUGCGCGUCGGGAAAACGCAUUGAUUACGCGUAUGCAGCGUUCUCAUGGUGCUGAGGAGGAGCAAGCACGACCCAACGAAGAACAAAUAUUCUGCGAGGAAGCUCUCGACUUUGGGUAUUUUAUAUAUACUACAAAUAUUGAAAUUGAAGCAUGUUGAACUUCUUGAACUGACCACAUCAAUCUCAAUGAGCUUGAUGUAUCUAUUAGUUAGUAGACAGAACAACAGUAGGCCUUUAUUGUUCCACUUCCUCUUGUCCCUUCCCAUCUCAUUCUCAGUCUGUAAAUGCCGAAAAGAGAUCAGAUUUCGGGUUCUGAAAUUUUAAGGUAGUCCGUCCGCUGCUUUCCUGGAGUCCCCCUUACCGCUAGUGUGUAGCACGUGCUUCGAACCCUGCCGCUUUGUUUGUCCGGCUCAGUUGCAUCGAUAUUGCGAACCAGCUCACAAAAAAUGCGACUGUACUCCGGAGCUCCAUUUUCAGCGGCGUGGCCCGUUAGAAUGUCGGGAUCCGACGGAACUUCACACUGCAUUUGAGGCCGAGUUAGCCAAGAGGGAACGACGUGCUGCUUGGGAAAAAGACCACGUAGCUUUGAGCAACAAGAAGAGUAUGAAUCAUGAGAUUCAGGCACGAGAACGUCUACAUCGAGGAAAAGUCCUUGCACAAUCUUCAACUUCAUCUUCAUCUGAUCAAGCUGAGAGGGAGAGCCACACGACACGGACACACGAGGAACGAGAAAAUGUUGAAACGAGAACGCCUUCACGUCGACCUUUGAAGAUUCCCUAUUGUCCGGUCUGCUUCGCGGCGCCCUGUCAAGAGUGUUUUUGCACGGAUUGCUACAGUGUUGCCUACUGUUCGGCGUUGCAUCAGCAGCAACAUCGAGAGCUACACGUCGAAGGUUUCGAAAGUCUUCAAAAGAAGUACGGUGUCAUGGGCGAUGAAAACAAGACCACGAAGUCUAACAGUAAGAGCAUAGCAGGAGUAGAAGCUGGGGGAGAACAGCGGCCUGAACCUUCUUCAAAACGAGCUACCGGUACUAGAAGAACAGAGUCUGCGUCACCCACUGUUGAUGCAGACCUCGAAGUUCUAGAAGGACCACAAGCACAAGCUGCACAUGGAGUUGACUGUUCUAGUCUUAUUACAAAAGACACCCUCGUGCGCGGUAUUUUUGACCGAUUUCCCAUGCUCUUGUUUCCGACCUGUAAAGAGCUUCGAGGCACCUGGCAGGCGAAACGACAGCACUACCGCGACAAAGUGCGAGGACUGCCAUCUGUCUUUCUACGCAACUUCCCUGUGCUUAUGAAAAGCAAUGGAGAUGGCCUAGAAGAGCACGAUUCGGACACGCAGAUCAUGGAGAGAGUGCCACCAGUACUAAGGCUUUCUUCUUCAUCUUCAUCUGCCUCUUCGAUAGGAAAAAAAAAGGGACAAGGAGAUAGUACUAGUAGAGAUAGACGGAAGAUGAAACACGACCUCGAACAAGUGUCCUUGUUCGAUUCCGCGUCCUGGACAAGCUUCUUGCUGAAUAGUGGUUGGGUGACAGCGUGUCUUCCUCCAGCCGAAUGGGGUCUCCUUUUGCAUGGAUUGUCCGAGGUUUUUUUGAUCCUGCAGUGCCGCAACUAUUUGGAAGUGCCACCGAGUCCCGAUACUUCUGUCAUCGAACAAGAAGACAGCCACGACGUCAUAAUGGAGGCAUUCAAGCCAGCAGUGGACACAACUGAAAUAUUCACAAAAAGCCGUCCUUUGAAUUAUAAAAAACCUGGUUUAGUAGAGGUUGUAGACAGAACAACAACUAGAACUACCACUAGUACUUCGGAACAUUUCGUGGAUGAUUCACUACGCGAGCAAGUACAAGGACAACGGCAACAGAGUUUACAGACCAUUCCGGAAGAGGAACUGGAGGUCUUGCGACCCUCUCCGGCUUUGCGUGAAUUGCAAGGUGCCUGUAGUCAAACGGACCGCAAAAAAGCGAUUCUUGAUGCACAUGGCGCUUUGUUGAGCGCACGCCGCCGCCCUGGUCGGCUCCGCAUUGUGUAUCUCCACGCCACGCCUGACAUUGAGUUGCAGCAACUUGCGAAGUGGGCCUUUCUUGUCAUUAAGCUCUGGGUUUUUUACCUUUACAACGCUUAAAGUUUAGGUCGGUUCCACCACAAUUGAAUUUAUAACGCUUAAAGUUCAAGAUUGAUGUCAAUCUUUUCGGAACGACUUCAAGUUCUAGCACAUCUUCUUGUGCCACAACCACUUCCACCACAUACAUGGCUCUAAUAUGCACAUGGGAGUUGCCGACGACGUUGAAGUGGCAUUUCUGUUGCCAGAUCAUGUCCACUAUUCCUGUCCGCAGUUUGGCGACCUCGUUGUGGACGGUGAGGAAGACGAGGAGCACUCGUCAUCUUCUACCGAACAAGCUGGCGGGGGUCGUGGUGGAGUGACAGAUCACAAGCCACCGGGAACUUUAUUGAACUGCAGUAGACUUCUUCGCAGAUCAACAAGGUCAUCUGCAGGUUCAGACGUUGGGGAGACGUCGGAGAGACCUUCCUUCACUUCGAGAACACCGAAGCACGCGCAGGCUAAACAGGAAUUGAAAGUACGGCUGCUGCCUCUGCAUGCAGGAAUCUUUCCUGCUUGGUUUCUGAAUGCGCGCACGCACGUUUUCGUCGCAAACGAGCUCGAUUUCGACUCAUUUUUUGACGAAUACGCUGUAUUCGCGACAGCACUUCCGACUAAGCGGCAACGGGAGGUGCUUAGAGGCUUGCGCAAUUUCGGAGAGGCAGGAUCCACGCUCCUCAUCACUAACUCGACCAGAACUGCGGUAGCAAGAAAUGCGCGUUACUUACGGCAGGUGCUCGUGCUCAGUGCCAACACACUCUACGUCUAGUCUCUCUCUCUUCUUUGUAAACUUAGAUUUCGAGUACUUCUUACGGAAGAAUUAUAAUAGAACAGUUUAUAAGGGUUCCCAACAUGGCUGGGCUGGGCACACUGGGUCGCUGGGCGACCCAAAUGUGCCACAUCUUCCGAAUUCUGCGCCCAGCGUCACGCUGGGCGUCCUUUCCAAUUGCGGGGCGCCCUUCGGGCGCCCGCUUGAGAACCCCGCCAGCAGUGCUAGUCUAGCGUAGGCCAAGGCCAACGACGCUGGCGAGUUCAACGUUGUGCACAAGAGCGGCGCAGCAUUGCACGCAUCGAGCAGCGCGACGCAAAUGCAAGCCUGAACAGAACAGGCGCCGCGCAGCCCGCUACUGCGCAAACUGGCGCAGCACUGCCCUGAACCUUGAGGGCGGCGCGCCGCCUUUGUUUGUCCUCACGGGACGCGCUGCAGCGCGUCCCCGCGACGCAAGUAAAUCCAUCAGCCGCGCAGGCUCGGCAUGCCCAACGUGUGGCCCUCAAGUCCGCCAAGUGCUAUCCAAGCGCCCGCCCAGCGUGCCCAGCGUUGCCGCCCGGUGUGCCCCGCGUUGCCGCCCAGCGUGCCCAGCGAGGCCGCCCAGCCACCCAGCGUAGCCCAGCGUGCCCAGCCGCCCAGCGUCUAUAAACUACUCUAUUAUAAGAAAUCUCUCGAUCUGCAGAGGCAUCUAGUUCAUCAGCGAUGCUUCUGAAGAACUUAAAUGUGAUCAAUAACCUAUGCAGCACUCUAGCGCACGACAAGCAUCGUUUUGACCUUGAUGUUAGUCCGCAAAUCGUGCAAUAGCUUCAAGAUGGGGGUGGGGCUCGGUUAAUAAAUUACUGGUGGCGCUAAAUUGUGCGAUCGAAAAGCUCGGAUUCAGCGCGGUAUCUUCAGGGCGAACUCACGAUGAAGAUGAUCCACUUGACAAUCACAUUGAAAUAUUCGAAAACAAUUUUGCCAGCCCAUUGUAUCUGCAUGUAAACUUUGGGCGUUUGUUUCAAUUCUUCACACUUCUGCGCAAGCACUUUACGAUGUGA